AUGGCAUUCCCAUCCCUCAAUAAACUCUCUCUUGUUUUCUUCAUCUUCUUUGUUCUGCUACGUUUUCAGCUUAAUACUGCAUUUAAUUCUACUCAAGAAGCACAAGCUCUUCUCAAAUGGAAAGCUUCCCUUCAACCCCAGAGUCAUUCUGUCCUCUCUUCAUGGACACUAUAUCCUGUUAAUGCCAGCCACAAUUCUACUCAGCACGCAUCGAAAAUGAGCCACUGUUCCUGGUAUGGAAUUUCUUGCAACCAUGCUGGAAGUGUCCAUAGAUUGAAUCUGUCUAAUGAAAAUUUAAAAGGUAUGCUCAAUGAAUUAUCAUUCUUAUCAUUUCCUCAUCUUGUGUACCUUGAUCUUAGCAAAAAUGAACUUUUUGGAAUUAUCCCUUCACAAAUUGGUAAUCUUUCCAAACUGAAGUAUCUCGACUUAUCAACUAAUCAGUUUUUUGGGAAAAUACCGAUUGAAAUUGGUCUCCUAACUGAUUUAGAGAUCUUGCACCUAGCUGAGAAUCGAUUGAAUGGUUCAUCAAUUCCUAACGAAAUAGGACAACUGAAUUCUCUUAUUGAUCUUGCUCUAUAUAGUAAUGGUUUGGAGGGUUCAAUUCCUACUUCUUUGGGAAAUUUGAGCAACUUGGCUUGGUUGUAUCUUUAUAAUAAUUUACUUUCUGGUUUCAUUCCUCUAGAGAUGGGAAACCUCUCUAAUUUACUUGAACUUUAUAUAGAUACUAAUAGCUUAACAGGUCCAAUCCCUGCCAUUUUUAGUAAGCCUAGAAAACUAUCUGUGUUAUACAUGUUCAAAAACCAACUUUCUGGUUCUAUUCCUCAAGAAUUAGGAAAUUUGGAGUCUCUCUCAGAUAUUAGUCUUCAUACCAACAGUCUUUCAGGUCCCAUUCCAACGUCUCUCGGUGGUCUAAAAAAUUUGAACAUUCUUCAUUUAUACCUUAACACACUGUCAGGUUCUAUUCCCACUGAAAUAGGAAACCUGAAAAACCUUGUGGAUUUAGAUUUGAGUCAAAAUCAACUCAAUGGUUCUGUCCCCAAUUCCUUUAAAAAUUUGAGCAACCUAGAGUUUUUAUGCCUUCGACAGAACAAUCUUUCUGGAACCAUUCCCCAAGAAAUUGGAUUCAUGAGGCUCAUUUAUUUGCAAUUAGACACCAACCACUUCACUGGUCACGUGCCCCAUAAUAUGUGUGUUGGUGGUUCUCUGGAGAGGCUUAAGAAACUGCACAAGCCUAACAAGAAUUGUUAUGCAACGAAACAAUCUUCAAGGAAAUAUAUCUGA